AUGCUCUGUCGAAGAAGAUAUAUCUUCGCUUCGAAUAAUAGACCAGCGUUUGGCGUAACUAAACAGCACGUAGCUGAUAACGCGGACAUCAAGUUAAUAGAGGAAAGGGAUAUAGAUACUUUCUUAGAUGAGACAUAUAAAAAGAAAGACUUGUCUGGAGUCUCAAAUGAGACCACCUCUUCUGUAACAAAGGACAAAAAAUCUAAAUCACAUAAGAAGAAGGAAGCGGAGAAUAUUGUACAGAAUGUGUUUGAUUUCACAGCCACUUCGGCACCUGAGAAAAAUCAUAUGACUGAAAUUUCCACGACGGCCCCAACGCUGGUUGAGGACGAUUUUGAUAAAAUAAUCAUGGAAACUUUCGAGGAGGAAGAGGCUAGGAUAGAGAAGAGAGAACAAGGCAUCAUCAAAUGUAGUAACUCCGAUAAAGGAACAAACGAAAAUGAGACAGAAGAUAAUAGCGACAGUAGUCAUGAUAGUGAUUCUGAAGAAGAGAUGCCAGAUGAUUCGGAUGAUGGAUAUAGUGGAUAUGAAGAAUAUGGUGGACUCGAUAGAGGUUAUUAUUAUCGUAACGAAAGAUACGAAAGAAAAAGCUCACCAAUGAUGAGUCUCCGGGUUUUUGGAAACAAACCGCUCUUUAGUUGUCAAAACACCUCCAUUGUCAGAAAAUUGGAAAGGACUCAAAUGGAGCGUGGUACAGACGUUUUUUGCGAACUUCAAAAGAUUGAAUCUACCGCAAAUGCACCAGUCGCAGAAGAGGCAUAUUUUCCUAGCCCAAGUGAUAAUGAAGAGCACCUCUUGACAGCUUUCUACCUGAAUCCAGAGUAUAGGCAUAUUUUCCUAGCUCUCAUUAUUUGCGAUAUGGAUACUCAUCCGUAUUGGCGGGAAAUUAUAGAAGAACGUAAAAAGGCAGGUGAAAAACCUUUAUUUGUGCACAUCUGUGGGGGAGAAUAUUGUGAUGAAAUCGUGGACGAAUGCCAACAAUCAUCGAAAAGACUCAUGAAGGACGAACAAGGACAAAGUCGAUCAAGAAGCGGAGCAGAAAAUAAUGUUGAAUCGCAGGAUCCAGUCUCUGCAUCUGAUGAUGAUGAUUCGGACGUAUCUGAUCAGGCACAUUAUAUUCGGGAUAGGUUAAGUAGACAACCGCCUCAAAAUGAAGAGGCAGCGAAAGAUUCAGCUGAAAUAGUGUUAGCAAGUGAAAGAGAUGCCCUUAAACAUGGCUACCUAAAGAAAUUAAGUCAAUUUGUCAAACUUAAUGAACAACGAUAUUUUGUGUUCACUCAUGAAGGUUCUUUGAACUACUUUAAAAAUGAAAAGGAUGGUACAGACGCUAAAGAAAUUAUGAUCACUCGUGAUGUUCAAAUCAGGAAUGUUAAUGGCAAAAAUUCAGAGUUCGAAAUUGAAACAAAAACAAGGACCUAUAGACUCAUUGCUUCAACAGAAAAAGAAAGGGACGAGUGGGUAUCUGUACUUAACGAAUACAAAAAAUCUCUUCCUGAAUCUCAUGAGAAUACGACUUAA